AUGGCUGUCAAGACGGACAUGAGUAAAGCAUAUGAUCGGCUAGAGUGGCACUUUAUUGAGACGGUUUUGCUCCGGUUUGGGUUCGCACACAGACUCGUCAAUUUGAUCAUGCAGUGCGUAACCACGGUAUCCUACUCCUUCCUUGUUAACGAUUCAGUACAUGGGAGAGUAGUACCGUCUGGAGACAUCCGACAGGGAGAUCCGCUAUCUCCGUAUCUCUUCAUUAUUUGUGGAGAAGUCCUCUCCGGCCUCUGUAAGAGAGCUCAACGAAGCGGCCAUUUCGCUGGUAUUGGAGUCGCUACAUCUGCACCUCGUCUAAAUCACUUGUUGUUCGCGGACGAUACGAUGUUUUUCCUUAACACAGAUGAAGAAAGCUGCUCGACGCUCCUACACAUCCUCCACCAGUACAAGAUAUCCUCAGGACAACUGAUUAAUGCAUCAAAAUCCUCAAUCUCCUUCUCAGCUAAGACCCCGCAGGUAAUACGGCAACGUGUUAAACUACACCUCGGGAUUGAAAAGGAGGGAGGAACAGGUAAAUAUUUGGGUCUACCCGAACACUUUGGACGACGGAAAAAAGAUCUCUUCACUGGUAUUGUUGAUCGCAUUCGAUGCAAAGCCGUCUCUUGGUCUAGCCGACAGCUUUCAAGUGCUGGAAAGCUCGUGAUGCUAAAGGCAGUGCUUACUGUGGUUCCAUCGUACGCCAUGACUUGUUUCUUGCUCCCUAUAAGUCUAUGCGUACGAAUCCAGUCCACUCUCACAAGAUAUUGGUGGGAUGCAUCACCGGAAAAGAAGAAGAUGUGUUGGGUGGCUUGGGACAAGCUUACAAAGCCCAAAGCUCUUGGUGGGUUAGGCAUCAGAGACAUUCAGGCUUUCAACAAGGCUUUACUUGCGAAACUAGCAUGGAGGAUCAUCACUAAGCCCGGCUGUCUACUUGCCCGGGUCCUAAAUGGCAAGUACUGCAUCAAAGCUCCUUUCCUCCAAGUACCUGAGACAAAGACGAUGUCACAUGGGUGGCGAAGUAUCAUCGCAGGCAGGGACCUACUUCUCUGCCAGUUAGGCAAGGUCAUAGGCAAUGGCGAAAGUACCAGGGUCUGGAAAGAUCCUUGGCUCAGCACUGACCAGCCCUCCAUCCCGAUAGGACCAGCAACAGAAGUGGAUCAAGAUUUGGUCGUGGCUGAUCUUAUUUGUAGGGGAAGUGGAGAAUGGAAUAUUACGAGAAUCAAGGCCUCCCUACCGCACCUGCUACCGGAGAUUCAACGUCUACAACCAAGCAUUACAGGAGCUGCGGACUCAUACGCAUGGUUAGCUUCAAAGACGGGCACUUAUUUUGUUAAGUCUGGAUACUUCGUGGCAACUUCCAUGGAACAGAUUGAAGUUGACGAGGCCACAGAAGCACAGCGAGCUACACAUCAGUCGCUAAACAAGGCAGUAUGGGCCAGCAAAACCUCGCCUAAACUAAAUUUGCUGUUAUGGAAAAUCAUUCAUGGAGCUCUGCCCCUAGGUGAAAAUCUAGCAAAGCGCGGCAUGCUUACUAACAUCUCCUGCAUCCGCUGUGGGGAAUUCGAGACGGUGGAUCACCUAUUCCUCCACUGCACCUUCACAAGGCGAGUCUGGGCAGCGAGCAUCUGGAACAACGACUUCUCACCGGCAGAUACAGACUCUUUUACAACAGCCUUCUUGGAAUCUACACGCGCAAUCAACCUCCCGCCUUUAGGAGCAAAGGAAACUCUGUUCCCAUGGAUCCUUUGGGGGAUUUGGACCGCAAGGAACUAUCUCAUCUUCGAAAAUAGAGUUUUCGACCCCUCGGAUAUCUUUUCCAAGGCCGUUGCCAAUGCUCGGGAUUGGAAUGAAGCUCAGCGAUCACCCCCUACUCCACCUACAGUACAGAGCUAUCGACUACCCCCCUCCCCUGCGAAUACCUUUGCACUUCAAUGCUUCACCGAUGCAGCUUGGAACGCGGCGAUGAACAAGGCGGGCUGCGGUUGGUAUAUGGUGAACUGUGAAAAUGAUGUGAUUCUGCAGGGCACCCGUGUUUUUGAACACGUCUCGGCCCCUUUGAUGGCGGAAGCCUUAGCCAUCCGGUCAGCUCUUCUCCACGCGAUCGACGCUGGAAUCUCCUUACUCUGCAUCAAGUCAGAUUGUUAG